AUGUCUACAUUUACUGCGUCGACCCGUCCUCUUGCUCGCAAGCUCGCCGUCGCCGGCGCCUCUCUGAUUACCCCAACUGCACUCCGCACCACGACGCGAGGACUCUGCGCGACCAUGAGCCUCUCCGGAAAGCUCAAGCCCGCGGCGCGGGUCUCUGGCCAGAAGCAAGACGUCUGGUCCAUCAUCAACGAAGCGGCGGCCGCCUCGCCCAAGCAGCCGAUUGUCAACAUGGGUCAAGGUUUCUUCGGAUAUAACCCGCCGCAAUUUAUUCUCGACGCGGCCAAGCAGGCGCUGGACCGCGUCGACUGCAACCAGUACUCGCCGACCAAGGGCCGACCGCGGCUCAAGAAGGCGAUUGCGGACUCGUACUCGCCGCACUGGGGCCGGGACAUUGACCCCGAGACGGAAGUGACAAUUACGACGGGAGCCAACGAGGGCAUGCUGAGCGCGUUCAUGGCGUUUCUGGAAGAAGGCGACGAGGUUAUCAUUUUUGAGCCCUUUUUCGAUCAGUAUAUCUCGAAUAUUCAGAUGCCUGGAGGCAAGAUUGUCUACGUGCCGCUGCAUCCGCCGGCGACUGGCGCGACCAAGACGUCGUCGGCGGCGGACUGGACGGUGGACUUUGCGGAGCUGGAGCGUGCUAUUACGCCCAAGACCAAGAUGAUUGUCAUCAACACUCCUCAUAACCCCGUGGGCAAAGUCUUUUCUAAAGACGAGCUGCAAAAGAUUGCCGAUUUGUGCGUCAAGAACGAGAUUAUCAUUCUGUCGGAUGAAGUCUACGAUAAGCUGUACUAUGUACCAUUUACGCGCAUCGCGACGCUGUCGCCCGAGGUUGAGCGGCUUACACUGACGGUGGGCUCUGCGGGCAAGAACUUCUACGCCACAGGCUGGCGCGUGGGUAUGUGCUCUUUUUACGCACUUUUUGAAGUCAACAAGACGCUGACUCUUUUUUUUCUUAACCCAGGCUGGCUCAUUGGCCCCGAGCAUCUCAUCAAGUACGUGGCCGCCGCGCAUACGCGCAUCUGCUACUCAUCCGUGUCACCGCUGCAGGAAGCCUGCGCGGUGGGCUUUGAGCAGGCCGACGCGCAGGGCUUCUGGGAGUCUACCAUCACCGACAUGAAGGGCAAGAUGGACCGAUUCAACGAGGUGUGGGGUGAGCUGGGCCUGCCGUACUCGGAGCCCGAGGGUGGCUACUUUGUGCUUGUCAACAUGGCCAAGGUGAAGCUUCCGGAAGACUACCCGUUUCCGGCGCACGUGGCAAGCCGGCCGCGUGAUUUCAAGCUGGCGUGGUUCCUGAUUCAAGAGGUGGGCGUGGCGGCGAUUCCGCCGACGGAGUUUUACACGGAUGAGAAUGCGCAUCUGGCGGAGGACUACAUUCGGUUCGCGGUGUGCAAAGAGGAUGGGGUGCUGGAGGAGGCGAAGAAGAGGCUGAGGGGGCUGAAAAAGUACAUGACGGAGUAG